AUGGAACCACUUGUCGACCCUAACCCGGACAAGUUUUCGAAAGUGUUGGGGCUGCAUUGUAAGGGAUCGAAUGCCAAUGGGAAGAUAUGGAGUUUUGUGGAGGAAGGGAUGGAUUUUGAGGUGGUGGAUGACUCGGAGCAGCUAUUGCAUGGGCUGUUCACUUGCCCCCGGACUCCAACACCUAUUUUAAUCUCGGCCGUGUAUGCUAAAUGUUCGAGAGGAGAGAGGCUUGCUUUGUGGGAAAAAAUGAGGGAGCUGACCCAAGUCUCGGAAGGAAUGCCGUGGUUUAUUGGAGGGGAUUUCAACACAAUCCUCUCCGCGGGAGACAGAAUGGGGAGUGACACAAACCGCCUGGCCGAAAUGGUGGACUUUGCAGAGGCUAUUGAAGACUGUGGUCUUUUGGAUCCAGGGUAUGAUGGAUCAGACUUUACUUGGGCUAAGAAUGGCCUUCUGGAAAGGCUAGACAGGGUGCUGAUUAAUGAGGUGGCGUCUCAAUGGUUCGAGGCAAUACGAGUCACGAACCUCCCCCGUAUUGCAUCGGAUCAUAGCCCUCUCCUUGUCCGAUGCAAGAUGCCUAAUACCCCCGGAGGAGGUAAAGCCUUUCGGUUCCAAAACAUGUGGGUACGGCAUGAAGGAUUUAAUGAAUUGAUGAGGGAAGAUUGGGGGACCCCCACGGAGGCGGCGGGUCUCCUCAACUUGAAGCUCAAGCUAGCAAGGAUUAAGAGAACAUUAAAACGGUGGAAUAGAGAGAUGGAGGAGGACUUCUGGCGUCAUAAGGCGGCACUACGGUGGCUGGAAGAUGGGGAUAAAAACACCAGAUUCUAUCAAAGCUGGGUGAAGCAGAAGAGGGUUCGGCUACGGAUACACAAGAUCAACGUGAAUGGGUGUGAACUCACGGAAGACUCGGCCAUCCAAGCAUCGGCGGUUGAGUUUUAUCAAAACCUUCUUGCUCCAUGCAAUCCGGUACUCACGGAACCGGACCUAAGCCUCCUACACCGACUUCCCCCUUCGGAGUCUUUGGCGGCCCUCCCCGAACCUCCAGAUGCGGAUGAAGUGAAAAGAGCGGUCUUCGACAUCUCGGCCAAUAGUGCUCCUGGACCGGAUGGCUAUUCGGCUCUCUUUUUCCAAGCCUGCUGGAGCAUUGUGGGAUCCGAUGUGGUGGAUGCGGUUAGACAAUUUUUCGGUGUGGCCUUUCUUCCCCGAAGCUUCACGGCCACAAGCAUUGUACUCAUCCCGAAGAAGCCCAUUCCAGAGUCAUGGGGAGACUACAGGCCCAUUAGCUUGUGUAAUGUGAUCAAUAAGGUGAUUACUAAGAUACUCUCCAAGCGACUGGCCCGUUUACUCCCACGCGUGGUAGCUUCCAACCAAAGUGGUUUUGUCAAAGGGAGACUCCUCAAUGAUAACGUACUACUUGCUCAGGAGAUGUUCCAUGAGCUACAACGAAGCACACCGGCCCCUAAUGUUGCAAUCAAGAUAGAUAUGGCCAAGGCCUAUGAUCGAGUUCAAUGGCCGUUUCUCCUAAAAGUCCUUAAACACAUGGGAUUCCCCGAGCCGUGGAUGGACCUCAUCAAGAGAUGCAUUGGGUCUUGUUGGUUCUCAAUCCUUGUCAAUGGGGCGCCGGCGGGUUUUUUCAAAUCUACCCGUGGCCUUAGGCAAGGGGACCCCAUCUCUCCCGCCCUAUUCGUCCUUGCCGCGGAUUACCUCUCGAGACUUCUUGAUAAACUCAUCCUCGGCAACAAAGAUAUGACGUUCAAAGCAACCAGGGGAACUAUCGAGCCUACGGGCGGUGCCCUCAAGCAAUUGGAUCAGCAAAUGGCCCGUUUCUUUUGGGGGUCAACUAAUGAGAAGAAGAGGACGCACUGGAUAAGCUGGGAACAGUCUUGUCUACCAACGGCCGAGGGGGGAUUGGGCAUCCGGAAGAUCAAGGAAGUCUUAAGAGCCUUUAACAUCAAGUUAUGGUGGCGGUUUAGGGAACACAAUUCCUUGUGGGCUACGUACUUAAUGGCUAAAUACUGUCAAAAGGUCUCCCCGCUCACAGCUAGACCAUUGGGGAGGGGAAGCCCUACGUGGAAGAGGAUUCUGAAGGCUCGGCCUCUUGCUCAACUGCACAUUCGAUGGGUGGUGGGAGAAGGGAAGAUGCUAUUUUGGGAUGACUUAUGGCUUGGAGAGACGCCUUUGAGAGAACUUAGCCUUGAUGAUAGAGGAGGGCCUCUUGCUCGGGUGGCGGACUACAUUAAGGAUGGUGCAUGGGAUGAGCCUAAAUUGCGGAAUCUCCAAGCGCAAGCUGGCCUAGCACAACAUAUCGUCCAAAAGAUCCUCGACACACCCGUCAUUUCGGAUGGGCCGGAUGUACCAAGAUGGAGAUUAUCAACCAAUGGAGAGUUCUCACUUGCUACUACAUGGGAGACUUUACGAAGUCAAAUGCCGAUUGUGCAAGGCCUCGACGACAUUUGGAGAGCGGGCCUCACGUCCUCUAUGGCCAUAUUUUUAUGGCGACUUCUCUCCAACCGCAUUCCGGUGGACACAAAGCUGCAAUGGAGACGAAUGGAAUUGGCCUCCAAAUGCCAUUGCUGCCCACAUAGACCAGGGAUUGAAUCCCUCCAACACCUCUUCAUUCAUGGGGACGGGGCUCACGGGAUAUGGAGGGAAUUUGACACAUGGUUCGAGGGUCCGUCACCACCCCUCCGGAUCAAUGACACCAUACCGGAACGACUUGUGGUCUGGACGAGAAGAGUUCGGCAACCGGGCAAAAAACACCUAAGCAGGGCCAUGCCGUAUCUCAUUUUAUGGUUCAUUUGGGCAGAACGGAAUAGGAGCCGGCACCAGUCCGUACAAUUUAGGCCUUUCAAUGUCAUUUGGCAAGUUCAAAUCUACAUCCGGAAUAGUAUGACGAACGGGAUAUACAAGAAGAAGCAUUGGAAAGGGGUACGUCUUAAAAUCAAUGUCCCGAGGCAUGAUGAAAUUCGGAGCCCUAGGCCGCUCGCAGUGGCAAUCAAGUGGCAACCGCCGGAGGACCCCUGGAUCAAGCUCAACACCGAUGGUGCAUACUUGGAAGAGUCGGAUAAAGCCGGGGGAGGUGGUAUCAUCCGAGAUCACACGGGCAAAGUGCUUUCAGCCUUUGCAUCUCCACUUGAGGCCCACUCCGCCCUUGAGGCGGAGCUCCUUGCCAUCCAACUCGGGUUAGAACUUGCCCUGGAAUUCAACCGGCCUAUCUGGAUUGAGUCGGAUGCACAACAAGUGGUCCAGCUCCUUAAUAGCAUGCGAUGGGGGCCGGCACACACGAGCCGGGUGGUGGCGCGGAUCUCCCUCCUCAAGCGACAACGAGGUGUGCGUAUCACCUUCACCCCCCGGGAAGGGAAUAAGGCCGGAGACUUACUUGGAAAGAUGGGAAUUGACAGUCUCGACAAUUUGCCGUAUGAAUGCCCACACGAUGCCGAGACACCUCGCUGCAAUUACUAG